AGUUCUUCAUCUCAGCCAUCUUCAGCACCAACUGACAUAGCAAAGGACAAGUUCGACAAACCUGUCCAGCCAGAAGGCAUUACUUUCCCUUCUCAUAUGUUUGGAUCUAAUAAAAGAUCAUUCCAGCAUACCUGUUUUCUCAAGCUUCAUUCUCGCCACAUUGAAUUACUUCAAAGCAGAAUGAUAUCUGGACCUAAGAAUGCUACCCUUCUUAGCCAUGACUACCAGAACAGUAUGCUCUCAAUCCUUGCUAAGAGUGUAAUGGAUUACAUCAUCAAUGAAGUGAAAGAAGCACGUUAUUUUACUAUAAUGGUAGAUGAGACUAAAGACAUUAGUAUAAAGGAGCAACUAGCUCUCAUUCUUUGUUAUGUCCUAAAGGGAGUCAUUCAUUAG